AUGGAACCAAAGUUCUGGAAAUUGUCCAGCAGCCAGUUGGAAUUUCUUUCUACACAGGGCCGUAUAUUGGUUUUUGUAGUUGAAGAUCAGAAAUUGCAGCCAAUUGCUGAGAAGGAAACUAAUGGGGCUGUUCACUCUUUAAAUGCCUUCAACGGAAAGCUGCUUGCUGCUGUAAAUCAAAAGAUUCAGUUAUUCAAGUGGGUGCUUCGUGAGGAUGGUGGCCGGGAAUUGCAGUCUGAGUGUGGACAUCAUGGACACAAACCUGCACUUUAUGUUCAAACUCUUGGAGAUUUUAUUGUUGUUGGUGAUCAGAUGAAUACAAUCUCCUUGUUAAUCUAUAAGCAUGAGGAGGGUGCCAUUGAGGAGCGAGCAUGUGGUUCCAAUGCAAACCAGAUGUCAGCAGUGGAGAUUAUUGGUGCUGACAUAUACCUUGGUGCACAGGAUAAUUUCAACCUCUUCACUGUCCGAAAAAAUAGUGAGGGUGCUACUGAUGAAGAACAAGGCCGUCUAGAGGUGGUUGGUAAGUACCACCUUGGUGAAUUCGUCAAUCGGUUCCGGCACGGAUCUCUUGUCAUGCGCUUGCCUGAUUCUGAUGCUGGUCAAAUUCCCACCAUAAUCUUUGGUACUGAUAAUGGUGUUAUUGGGGUCAUUGCCUUCCUCCCUCACGAGCAGUACCUCUUCUUUGAAAAGCUCCAGUCAAACUUGAGGAAAGUAAUAAAGGGUGUUGGAGGAUUGAGUCAUGAGCACUGGAGGUCAUUUUACGAAGAGAAGAAGACUGAAGAUGAGCUCUGGAAGUCGGUUUUCACGGAAAAGAAGACUGCAGAUGCUACAAACUUUUUGGAUGGAGAUCUGAUUGAGUCAUUUCUUGAUCUAGGACGAGGUGGAAUGGAAGAGAUAGCAAAAGCGAUGGCUGUUCCAGUAGAGGAGCUUAUGAAGAGAGUAGAAGAAUUGACAAGGCUGCACUGA